CUGGGGAUUGCCGGCUAAUUCGAGGAGGCCAAGGUCUUUCGAAGGGGAGGGCGGCGGGGCUCCGGCCUGCCCGUGAAGAAUUAUCCUACCAAUGAUAGAGGACGAGCUGCUACAGUUUGAUAAGAGCAUGAAUGAAUUUAGGAAUAAAUAUUUCAACACUCUCAAUGACACCUCGGGUCAGAUGAUGGGCCUACGAGACACAUACAAGGAUUCCAUGAAAGCAUUUGCAGAAAAGUUGGUUGUGAAAUUAAAGGAAGAGGAGCGAAUGGUUGAGAUGGUUCUGGAAUACAAAACUCAGCUCAGCAGGCAGAAUGAGCAGAUAGUUUCCUGUUUUAAAAACAAAGCUAUUGCCACUGCUAAUAAAGCUGUUGGAGAGAGGCUGAAAAGACUGCAAAAAUCUGCAGAUGUGUAUAAAGACCGACUUGGACUAGAAAUUCGAAAAAUUUAUGGGGACAAAUUGCAGUUUGUAUUCACUAAUAUUGACCCUAAGGAUCCUGACAGCCCAUUUAUGUUUUCCCUGAAACUGAAUGAAGCAAGGGACUAUGAAGUGUCUGAUAGUUCUCCCCAUCUUGAGUGCCUGGCAGAACUUCAAGAGAAUUUAAGGAAGACCAAGAAUUUUUCAGCCUUUCUUGCCAAUGUUCGGAAAGCUUUCGUUGCUAUGGUUUAUAAUGCAUAAAUAAUAUAGAAAAGCUGUGUGUUUUUCUUCCCUAUUGUAUGUUUCUUUUAGAAAGAAUUCCUAUUCAUUGUCUGUCUAUAAUUGUGUAUGUUUGUAAUAUUUCUGUGGUUCAUUUCUUUAUUUUUAUUAAAUUCUCAGGAAAAUAA